AUCAGUUUCUCAAACAAUUAUUUUCAUAACUUUUCGGGUCUUGUGCAAAUUAUGAUUGAGUUCUAAAAAAUAGAUUCAAAGGGAGUCAAAAUUGUAUCUUUUCAACUCUGUGUGUGUGUGUGUGCGUGCGAGGGACGGUACAAAAGGGACCUAACCUCAUCUGGAUGUGUCUGGAAACCCCAAAAUUAUAACACUUCAAGAAUAAACGCACGUCCUGCCUUUCUUGUAUCUGUAGUCACUGGUGAUGAUUGGUAAUUGAUUCACUUGUCCGUAUCAAUCAAAUUUUGACAAAAUUUGAAAAGUCGUUUCAAUUGAUAAUAGUAAUGACAAGUAUCACAAUCUCGGCAGUUCGAACACGAACAAGUAUUCUUGACAAAUCGUUGAGUAAAGGCAAAGGCGAGGUUAGCUUGAGUUGUUUUGCUUUGCUAUUCUCGGAACUGGUACAGUACUGUCAAAAUCGAGUUUACACUGUACCAGAAUUACAAAAUAAAUUGGCAGAAUUAGGUGCAGAGGUUGGUCAUAGAAUAACAGAUUUACUUGUUAUUCGAGAAAAAAGUGGAAAACGCGAGAUCAAAUUGUUGAACAUUUUGCUGUUUAUUAAAAGUACAGUAUGGAAAUCAUUAUUUGGUCGGGAGGCUGAUAAACUGGAACAUGCAAAUGAUGAUGAACGUACUUACUACAUCAUAGAGAAAGAAGCCUUAGUAAAUAAGUUUAUAUCAGUUCCAAAAGAUAAAGGAAGUUUAAACUGUGCCUCUUUUAUUGCUGGAAUAGUCGAAGCUAUUCUUUGCGAUUGUGGUUUUACAGCAAAGGUAACUGCGCAUUGGCAUAAGGGGACAACGUACAUGGUGAAAUUUGAUGACGCAGUUGUUGCUCGGGACAAGCAACUUGAAGAUCGAUAAUGUAAUACAUAUAUAACAAUGAAAAAUUGGUAAAAAGCUGGUAAUUAUACAAAUAAAAUUGAAAGAAAAUUUAA